UGUGUUGAAUACACUCCGGUCAUGCGCAGUGAGUGAUGGGCUGAGUCAGUGCAGGUGGGAAGGGUUGAUAGACAGGUAUCCAUAGUUGUGCAUGUGUGUGUGUCGGCAGGCUAUAUAAUGGCAACCGGACAUCUUCUCCCCACAUUUCCACAGCCAUCAUGGACCUGAAAGUGACGUUUGUGGUUAUCUGUCUGUGUGCUUUGGCCAUCACCUCUACUGCAGGCAUCCCAAAAUGCUGCAUCACAACUAAAACGUUCAUCCCUGUGCGCCUGCUGCGGAAGGUUCAAAGAUACGAUGUGCAGAAGGACAGCGGCGCCUGUGACAUCGCUGCGCUGAUAUUGCAUGUUAAAGGCAUGAGCAGGCCGGUUUGUGCUGACCCCCAGAUGUUGGACCGCGUGAAAUGGCUUUCGAAGAAGAUAAAGCCGAACAAGCACAGAACACAAUGAAGAGCUGUGCGAUGAAUAUAUUUCACAAACAUUGUGUGUAUCUUGUGUUUCUACAGCUGGUGUUUCAGGAGCUUGUGUCAUACAGAAGCCCUUAUUAUUGUUUCUUUUGUUUUUCGCUGAUGAUGCAAAAUAUCAGAUCAACUUGUGAAAAGGAGUGACUUGUUACCAGAUUUAUAUAGUGGUGAAAAGUACAGUUUGUGGGUGCUUGUAUUGUUCCAUUCUAUACCCCUUUAUACCUUUACUCCACAGUAUUUCACAGGGAAAUAUACUUUAUUACAGCUGUUGUUUGGAUGUUUCACGAUAAGGUUUCAAUUAAAAACACCUGAUCGUUUAUGAAAAUAUGAUGUGUCUCAGAUUAAAGUAGACAAGGGAGCACUCAAAUCAGAUCCACCUGGACUGUUGGACAUUAAAGUGCUGCUUACAUGUUGGAUAUUGUGAGCAUUGUUUUAUUGUGGUAUUCGUAAAUGGUGUGAACACUUCUUCCACCUUUGCAUUAAUGCAAAAACGACAAAAUAAAAUCUCUGUAAAACUUCA